GCUUUCACAUAGUGUUUAAUGCAAGGCAGCGCCGCAGUCGUGGAACUGCAGGCCAAAACGACAAGACCUUUUUGGGACCAGCUGCGUCAAUACUUCUUGUUUGCGGCUUAAUAUUAUUAAUCAACUAAUGUCUUGAGUUAUCCUAGCAGUAACGCAUGGCCACGGAAGAGCCCUCCAAUUCAGCGCCCAGGCUUGAUUCGCCUCCGGCGCCCUAUUUAGAAAGGCGUAGUGUCACGUUCCGGGAACGUGACACCGUUCACUUGAUAAUGGCUGACGGCUCAUGCACCACGCAUGAGGCGCCGCUUCAGCCGGCGACCCCCGCCAGCCCUGGGAACGCCCUGGCAGCGGCAAUGCCGCGUCCGCCGACACAGCCACCACCACCACCCGCCGACGCGGCCAUUGGGGAAAGCUCCGGCGGAGAGCAACAGCCGCCGCGCAAGCUGACGUUGUAUGGUCGCCUGAAGAAAGCAGCCAAGGACCUCAAGCACGAGGUGUUGGCCAUCUACUAUGCCAUGCACGACCCCCGCACGCCCUGGCUUCCCAAGGCCAUCGCCUUCGUGAUCCUGGCUUACGCGCUCAGUCCUCUGGACCUCAUCCCCGACUUCAUCCCAAUCCUGGGAAUCAUCGAUGACCUCAUCCUACUGCCCGCGCUGCUCUGGCUGGCUAUUUGGCUGCUGCCGCACGGCGUCAUGGACGAGGCGAGGCAGCGCGCUCACGUGGAGCCGUUCCGCCCGGGGCGCAACUGGCUUGUGGCGACCUUCAUCGCGGGCAUGUGGGUUGCCUGCCUGGAGUGGCUGCUGUGGUUCCUGAUCAACCGCUACGGCAACGCCGUCCUGCGGCAGUACCAGCUAGAAGCUAUGGUUGGGCUCGGUGUAGUCUGCGCCAUCGCUUUCUGGGUCUGGUUGGCGGGCAAGGUCCGAAAAGAGCGGAAAAAGCAGAUCCAGGCGAAUCGUACGGCGGUGCUGGCCAAGGCCGCGGACGAGCGCGAGGCGGCGGCCGCCGCCGCGGCGGCGGCGGCAAUGGCGGAGGCGGCGGCGGCGCCACAUGCUGACGUGGACUUUGAGGCGGCUCUGGCGGGCACGGCGGAGCAAGGGCGCAAGCGUGCGGCGGGCGGUGGUGGUGGCGGCGGCGGGGAUGAUGACUUAAGCCGGCCGCUGCUGGCGGAUGAGGCGGUGGCAGGGGAUGAGCGGGUGUGAGAGCAGGGCUGCGUAGGCUGCGGUGGUGGUGGUGGUGGUGGUGGUGGUGGCGGCGGUGGAGGUGGUGGUGGUGGCGGCGGUGGAGGUGGUGGUGGGGGUGGUGGUGGGGGUGGUGGUGGUGGUGGGCUACUGGGCUGAACCCGGCACCUGCUGGCUGCGGCAGCUGGUGCUACUACCGUGUUAGGCAGCGUAGACAGGCAAGGCAGCGAGGCACGGAGCUGCGUGGCGUGCGGGUUCCACGCAGCGGUUGCGGUGCGGCCUGGAGGUCAGAGCGGCUUGGGGCUUGGAAUGCUGCUUGCGGCAGGAUAUGUGUUGGUGUGGCGCCGAGGCAUGGGCUGCAAUUGCCGCGGCGGUGGCGGCGGCGGCGGCGGCGGGGUUCGGGGCGGCGGCAUGUUCGGCGGGUGGUAGGGUUGCGGCGGCGGCGGACUGAUGCAGCUGCUGCUGUGGGUGGAGGGCGCAGGAGGGCGCCGUGUGGCGUGAGGGCGCCAGGCCACGGCGAGGAGUAAGCUGCAAAGCUAUAGUGACUAUGUGAAUCGUCCGUGAUGCAGGACCGGUCGGCAGGAAUGGAACAAAGUUACCCAUGACCCGCUCAAAAUCGUUGCGGCGGCAGGGGGGGAGCGAUCCAUGACGUAUGUGUAUCAGUGUAUGUGUCCUUUGUUCCCGUCACCUGCGUCGUGUUCCAAGCGCUCUUUCCUACGCUCGUCGGCGCACGCUGCGUCGCUGCCACCAGGGCCGACACCCGGUCUGCCAGCCGGUGCGAGUGAUUGGUCAAUGCGGCCAGGCCUCGCCGGAUGGGGGCCAGGCGCAAGAGACGGCACGGCAAGGAAUGCAUGAAUCCGAGCGGGCGCUUCGCCAGGCGAAGUCGCGA